UGUUUUUUGAGAGAUGAACACAACGACGACGACGACAAUGUCAUCGCUCCAGCAGCCAGCAGUGGAUAUCGAACAGCAUGCACUGCUCCGUGUCAAGCGAUCGCGCGACGAAGCCCCCGCCGAGACGCUCUUUAUCGAGACGUCGCACAAGCGCGCGAGAGAGGACUUUGCGCGUCGGUUUGGCUCGCACCGGCUCGGGCAGCCAGCGCAAGACGACGAGUCGGAUCCACGGAGCGCAAUCCCACAAGUCCUAUCGCAUCGCGAAGCACAAGAGCUCAAACGACAGCAAGAGCUGCAGGCAAUGGCCGACCAGAGCAAGCCCGUGCUGUUCCAGUAUGUCACUACUGUGUCGGCGCGUGCGCUUCGAAGCCAAGCCGGCGUCCAGAAAGUGCAGUCCGUGAUUGAGCAAGAACGGCUGCGAAGACGGCAGGCGGUCGCUUUUAAAGCAAACCCGUUUGUCAAAACCGCCAAAGAGCGUCAAACUGCUGCGCGGGAACGCAAUGCCGAAGCCCGGUAUCAAUGGAUUACCGCACGGCGGCAUUUUGACGAUGGUGAGGAUCUCGACGAGCAGUCUGGCAACGAAGAUCCGAUUGCAAAUCUCGGAUUUCGAGUCUAUGAUUUGCAGCGCUUGGCUGAGAGGCAAACCCCAAAGCUCAAAGCAAAAAGCGAUCAAAUUGUUAUGAAUAUGAUUCCGUUGGUGCGGGAACGUCUGCGCAUGCGCGGAAGGGACGACACUGAUCCUGACGAGAUUGCCAACGAGCUGCCUUUCGUCGAAGCCGAGCAGGCUCGCCAUUUGGCGGAACUUGAGCGGUCCUUCCAGGCGCAGCGGCUCGAUGCACAAAAAGCAGCUGCAGAAAUGAAUCAUUUUGGCGCCAGCGACGAGGACGAUGGGCCACGACCUCCAGAAGUCUUGCGCGCUGCAGACCUGCCCGCUGCUUCGGAAUCCGCUGCAGACGAAAGCGAGCCUGUCGUGGACAUUUACAUGGAGACUACAGAUGCGACAAAUCCGCUCAGCACUCCCGACGCCUUCCCCGUAAUUCCAUUCCCCGAGGAAGCCCUGGUUGAUGAUGGCGAACUUUCUGACGAUUCGAACUACUACGAAGACGAUGACGACGAGAAUGAUGAGAACAACUACCGAAACGACUACCCCGAUGAGGACGAGUACGAAGAGGACAACCAUCGCAGCGAUUCAGACAAUGACGAGCGCGUCUUUGAUGUCAUUAAUCGAUUGGACAGCGACGUCGAGGAAGAUGAUAGCGACGAAGAGUUUGAUGAGACGAGCGAGAUCGCUGCCUCAGCUCGAGCCCAAUAUGGAGCUGACUGGAUGACUCGAUUCCGCCAAUGGCGCGAGCGCCAAGAACGGCUCUGAGAAAGCGACUGGUCGUUUUUGUUAACAAGUAUACUCCAUGGGAGCUCUGACACUUGAUCGAUGCACCACCGUCAAAUGUCUGAGUUCGAAUUGUUGUGUCGUGAACUACUGUACAUCCAAUUCGAUCUCCAUGCCCGUUUCAUUGAAC